CCAAGUAAAAAACAUUGGCUUUCUAUUUCCCCUAACUACCCUUCCGUACCAAACCAAUAUUUAUUCAAGUCGCCUAUUGAUCGAUCGAAAACCAAACCCGAACCAAAGCGGUUUUUGUUUUGGUUCUCUCUUUCUCGCUUCCAAUGGCUUCCACCGUUUUCAUCCAAUCCCCGUUUCCACCCAAGUCUUUGAACAAAUCCACGAAUACCCAUUUCGUUCGUUCCUUCAAACUCCCCGUUUCGAUCUCUCUCAAGCCGCGAACCGCUUUCCAGAAGCGGUUCUCAGUUCGAGCCGGAUUAAUCGAGCCGGACGGUGGGAAACUCGUGGACCUCCAUGUGCCGGAGCCGGAGCGGGAGUUGAAGAAGCGGGAAGCGGCUUCAUUGCCUUGGGUGAAGCUGACGAGGAUCGACUUGCAAUGGGUUCACGUUUUGAGUGAGGGCUGGGCUAGCCCUCUCACCGGAUUCAUGAGAGAAUCCGAGUUCCUCCAAACUCUUCAUUUUAACUCGCUCCGACUCGACGAUGGUUCCUUUGUCAACAUGUCGGUGCCGAUUGUCUUGGCCAUCGAUGAUUCUCAGAAGGAGAGGAUCGUUGAGUCCAAUAAAGUCACCCUCGUUGACUCAGAUGAUAACCCAGUUGCGAUCCUCACCAACAUUGAGAUUUACCAGCACCCCAAGGAAGAAAGGAUAGCGAGGACAUGGGGAACUACUGCCCCUGGACUACCCUAUGUUGAAGAAACUAUAACAAAUGCUGGAAAUUGGCUCAUUGGUGGUGACUUGGAGGUUAUAGAGCCGAUCAAAUACCAUGAUGGUCUCGAUCGUUUCCGACUUUCACCUGUGGAAUUACGUCAAGAGUUUGAAAGGCGUAAAGCUGAUGCCGUGUUUGCAUUCCAGCUCAGAAACCCUGUCCAUAAUGGUCAUGCUUUGCUAAUGACUGAUACACGUCGUCGGCUUCUCCAGAUGGGGUACAAGAACCCCAUACUCUUGCUUCAUCCACUGGGAGGCUACACAAAGGCUGAUGAUGUCCCGCUUAGUUGGCGAAUGAAACAACACGAGAAGGUGCUUGAGGAUGGUGUUCUUGAUCCUGAAACAACUGUGGUUUCAAUAUUUCCAUCUCCUAUGCACUAUGCUGGCCCAACUGAAGUGCAGUGGCAUGCUAAGGCUCGGAUCAAUGCAGGAGCUAAUUUUUACAUUGUCGGUAGAGAUCCAGCUGGCAUGGGUCAUCCCAUCGAGAAGAGAGACCUCUAUGAUGCUGAUCACGGUAAAAAGGUCUUGAGCAUGGCUCCGGGGCUUGAGCGGCUGAACAUCCUUCCAUUCAGGGUUGCUGCAUACGAUCAGACCCAAGGUAAAAUGGCUUUCUUCGAUCCCACAAGAGCUCAAGACUUCCUCUUCAUAUCCGGCACCAAGAUGCGUUCGCUCGCAAAGAACAAAGAGAACCCUCCGGACGGAUUCAUGUGCCCUGGUGGCUGGAAAGUGCUGGUCGAAUACUACGAUAGCUUGACACCGUCGGAAAAUGGAAGGGUUCACGAAGUUGUUCCCGCAUAGAUGAAUCUGUUGUUGUAUGAUGGGAGAAACAUGUAAAACACUAUUUAGUCUUGAAUGUGACAGAUUUCUAAAUAAAACCACGGGAGCCAUUGGUACAUAGACAUGGAAACUUGCCUUCUCUGUACGUAGGGUGCCAUUGAUGCCCUUGCUUGAGGGCACAUUGUACUAUAUCGGCGUGGCUUGUGUGUUCUUAUGAAGAUCAGUGGUUGUGGGACA